UUCCCCUGCCAACCCGGGCACAUACAGAGUUAAUACUUAACUGCUGCCGUUUAUAUAAAACGCAAUGGGAGCCAUUCAAGGCUCCACUGCGCCUCACAUCUGGCUGAGGUUUUCUCUUUACGUGUUUGUCCUGGUUUCUUCCUCUCUUCCCCGACUUUCGAGAAACCGCAUUUCCGCUUCUGGCCAAAGAAAUCGUGGAGCUGUGGAGAUAAAGACCUGGCUGGGGAGGAGAUUCCAGCCCCCAGGAGAUGCUCUAAAAGAGCGAGCCUCUGCUGAGGCAACAAGACAGUUCGUGGUGAAAAGACAGACGAGGUAGAAAACAAAACCCUGAACCCGGGAAGUUAACAGCAAGAGCAAGAAAAAAUGAUUGGUUCCUACAAAUUCGGAUUCAUUUUUGGAUCCUGUCUGCUGCUGACUCUCAUCUGGUGUGACAUAGCAUUGGGCAGGGUAUCACAAAAGCAGCAACCUCAGAAGGACCAGGAGGAAACUCAGGAAGAGUUUAAGAUGGAAGCCACACCAUCACCAUUGCCAGAUCACAUUGAAAAGGUUGAAGAUCACCAUGAAAAGAACAAUCCCAGCCUGGAAGAACAGUCCUCUGCCUCUCAGUGUUUCCGCUGUUGUGACUCAGGCAUCCCCAUGUACCAGCCAAUGCCAAUGCCAAUGCCCCAGAUCAAUAUCACUAUAUUAAAAGGUGAAAAGGGUGACAGAGGAGAGCGGGGCCUCCAAGGGAAAUUUGGCAAAACAGGAUCAAUAGGUGCCAGGGGCCAUGUUGGACCAAAGGGACAAAAGGGCACAAUGGGGGCUCCUGGUGACCGAUGUAAGAACCACUAUGCUGCCUUCUCAGUGGGACGGAAGAAGCCCUUGCACAGCAAUGAUUAUUAUCAGACGCUGAUUUUUGACAUGGAAUUUGUCAACCUCUACAGUCAUUUCAACAUGUUCACAGGUAAAUUCUAUUGCUACGUGCCUGGAAUCUACUUCUUCAGCCUCAAUGUGCACACCUGGAACCAGAAGGAGACCUAUCUCCACAUCAUGAAGAAUGAUGCUGAAGUGGUGAUACUCUAUGCCCAGGUGAGCGACCGAAGCAUCAUGCAGAGUCAAAGCUUGAUGUUGGAGCUUCAAGAACAAGAUGAAGUCUGGGUGCGGCUCUUCAAGGGGGAGCGGGAGAAUGCCAUCUUCAGUGAUGAGUUUGACACCUACAUAACCUUUACUGGGUAUCUGAUCAAACACAAUGCUGAGCCAUAAGCCUCAGCUUCUUUCUCAGCUCCAGAAGAUGACUAUAAUCUUUUAUAUUUCCAUGACCAUCACCUUCCCUCUUUGAUAUCCAAGCACCAGGCUGAAUCCCUCCUAAAAUACCACUCUCCUCCUGGAUUGCUGCUUCCACUCCAUCUACAUUCCACAGGAUUCUCAUUAAAUGAAAAAUGUUAUCUAUUCCUAAA